UAGGAAAAUGAUGAACCCGGCCAACCAUUUAUCCGCGGAGAUCCAGAGCAGCGUCACCAUAGAGUAUCUCAAUGGGUCUGGCCAGGCGCUGAAGAGGAAAGUCAUCCGCAAUGCUUUGACCUCCCUGGGCCGCAACGAGUAUCGGGAGCUGGUCCUGAAGGUGAGCGACGGGAAACUCCCCCAGAACUUCACCCUGAAACAGAUCCAACUCUUCACCCGCUUCGUCCAAGACGGGAAGAGCUCCAUCGUCCUCCAACCGGACAACGUCCAGCUGCUGAUCUCCAACUGCCCCUCGGACACGCUGAAGCACUUCAUAAAGACCCUGAUGAUCAAACACGAAGCCGGGAAGAGCGAGAAGCCGGUGAAUGAACGCAUGAGGCUGUUGGCCGGCCGCCCCCGCACGUUUGAGACAAUCAGUCCUGUGCAGAGAAAGGACGUGCAGCAAGCCAACGAGAUGAGGGCCAAAGCCAACACAGAGACCCCUGUAAAGAGGAAGGGGCUGAGUAACCGGGGGCCCAACGGAGCCAAUGGGGGUCCACAAAAACGGGCCAGGACGGAGUCUUCUGAGAACGGUCUGAUUUCAGAGCUGCGUCCCAGCAAGAAGCCGGCGCUGAGUAUGCCGCGACAGAUGAAUCUCUCCACCGAACAGUCUCUGGUGCUGAGCACCGUCCUAGGUGGGAAAAACGUCUUCUUCACUGGCAGUGCAGGCACAGGGAAGUCGUAUCUACUAAAGAGGAUCAUCGGCGCUCUUCCACCAAAAAGCACUUACGCCACAGCGAGUACGGGAGUCGCGGCCUGUCACAUCGGUGGCACCACGUUACACGCAUUUGCAGGUAUCGGCUCCGGCAAGGCCCCCCUGGAGCAGUGCAUUGAAUUGGCGAAUCGGCCGGGGGUCCGCCAGCAUUGGACGAGCUGCCGUCACCUGAUCAUCGAUGAGAUCUCCAUGGUGGAGGGCGAGUUCUUCGACAAGCUGGAGGCCGUCGCCAGGGCUGUACGAGGUCGGGAUGAGCCCUUCGGGGGGAUCCAGCUCAUUGUCUGCGGAGAUUUCCUGCAGCUUCCGCCGGUCACUCAAGCCUCCAGCCAGACCAAGUUCUGCUUCCAGGCGAAGAGCUGGAGGCGCUGCAUCCACCUGACCAUGGAGCUGACGGCGGUCAGGAGACAGACAGAUAAAACCUUCAUUAACCUCUUACAGGCCAUUCGGCUGGGCAGAUGUACAGAAGAGGUGACCAGGCAGCUGGUUCUGACCGCCAACCAUAAAAUCGAGCGGGAUGGGAUCCUGGCCACGCGUCUGUGCACGCACAAGGAUGACGUGGACCUGACGAACGAGCGCCGACUACAACAGUUACCAGGGGAAAUACACACGUAUGAGGCCUUGGACAGCGACCCGAUGCUUGUGAAGACGAUGGACACACAGUGUCCGGUUGGCCAGCGACUUCAGUUGAAGAAAGGUGCUCAGAUCAGACAGUCCUCAGCUCUGUUUAAGUUCCUGCCGGCCAAAGAGAGAGGGGGAAGAGUAUGUGCAGCUGAAACCCUGCCCAAGGUGCACUUCCUCUGCGGUGUCACGGAAGUGAUGAAGAUGGAGCGUUGGGUCAUCAAGGCCCACGGCGGAGUCUAUCUGAGCCGCCAGCAGUUACCGCUGAAGCUGGCGUGGGCGAUCUCUAUACACAAGAGUCAGGGGAUGACCCUGGACUGUGUGGAGAUCUCCUUAUCCCGUGUGUUUGAGAGCGGUCAGGCGUAUGUGGCCCUUUCCAGAGCCCGCAGCUUCGAGGGCCUCAGGGUGAUGGAUUUCGAUCCCAAGGCCGUGAGCGCCAAUCCGUACGUGCUGCACUUCUAUGCCAGGAUGAAGAAGGAGAGGGCGCUGCAGCAGAACGGCUCUGAAGGGUCUGCCUUGUUUUUGGUUUCUGAGGAGGUUCUGAAUUCGGCCGCUGUCGGAAUACCCGACCCAGAGCGGGCAGCUCAAUGGCUGCUGGCUCCGGUCGUAUGA